AUGGCAGCUAAAUUUGCCGUCAAGUCCUUAGACCACCUGGUUCUCACUGUCCGGUCCAUCCCCCAGACGGUAGCCUUUUACACUACCCAUCUGGGUAUGCGGCACGAAGUAUUCAAUUCUCCCGCAAACCCCGCUGUCCAAAGAAAUGCUCUCAUUUUCGGAACUCAAAAGAUCAAUCUUCAUCAGUCGGGAAAGGAGUUCGAGCCAAAGGCCCAGAAUGUUCAGCCUGGAAGUGCGGAUUUGUGCUUCUUGACGGAUGAGAAUGUCGAGAACGUCUUGCAAGCUUUUCAGGAUGCGAAGAUUGAGGUCUUGGAGGGUGCCAAGAUUGUAGACAGGACCGGGGCCGUGGGCAAAAUCCGGAGCGUUUAUGUUAGGGAUCCCGAUGGCAAUCUAAUCGAGAUUUCCAAUUAUGCCUGA